GUGCAGCUACUUUUCCUGUCUUUGUGAUGGCCGUGAGAAGUGGAGGGAUAAAUAUCAAUUCUGCAGUUCUGAACAAGCCCCGGUCACAUUUUAAUAUCCUGUAAAGCAUAAGGUAUCUCCACGAUGUCUGAGGUGUCCGUCCUCCGCGCCGCGCUGCUCCUGCUGCUCCUGUCCGGCUGCAGCUCUCCAGCCCGGGGAUACUUUGCUGAGGAGCGCUGGAGCCCCGAGUCUUCGCUCCUCGCCCCGCGGGUUCUUCUUGCUCUCAUCUGCAGAAACUCCGAGCACACUCUGCCGUAUUUCCUGGGAACYAUUGAGCGCCUCAACUAUCCCAAAGACCGUAUGGCUCUAUGGGUUGCAACUGACCACAAUGAGGACAACACCACGGUGAUUUUACGUGACUGGCUUUUAAAAGUGCAGAAACUUUACCAUAAUGUGGAGUGGAGGCCAAAAGAAAAGCCUGGACGUUAUAAGGAUGAAGAUGGUCCAAAGCACUGGACAGAUCUUCGUUAUGAGCAUGUUAUGAAACUUCGGCAAGCAGCACUGGAGUCGGCUCGUGAAAUGUGGGCGGACUACUUCAUGUUGGUGGACUGUGAUAACCUUCUCACCAAUCCCAAUGUGCUCUGGAAGCUCAUGAAACAGAAUAAGACUAUYAUCGCUCCAAUGCUUGAAUCCCGAGCAGCCUAUUCAAACUUCUGGUGUGGAAUGACUUCCCAGGGCUACUAUAAGAGGACACCUGCCUAUAUACCUAUCAGGAAGAGACUGCGGAAGGGCUGUUUUGCUGUUCCUAUGGUUCACUCUACAUUUCUGAUAGACCUCAGAAAAGAGGCAUCGAGGCAGCUGGCUUUUCACCCACCACAUCCAGAUUACAGCUGGGCUUUUGAUGACAUUAUCGUGUUUGCAUUCUCUGCUCGGAUGGCAGAUGUUCAGAUGUUUGUAUGUAAUAAGGAGACAUAUGGUUACUUACCUGUACCACUGCGCUCUCACAACACUUUACAAGAUGAAGCUGACAGCUUCCUGCACUCCCUGUUGGAAGCUAAUGUGCUAAAUUCUACAGUGAUGCCUUCCAAAUACAUACCUGUUCCUAGAAAACAACCUGACAAAAUGGGCUUUGAUGAGGUGUUUAUGAUAAAUUUGCAGAGGAGGACAGAUCGCCGAGAACGCAUGCUGGCGGCUCUGUAUGAGCAGGAAAUUGCAUGCAAGGUCAUUGUAGCAGUAGAUGGAAAAGCAAUGAAUGUCAGUGAAGUUCAUGCAAUGGGUAUCCAUAUGCUCCCUGGGUACAGUGACCCUUACCAUGAUCGACCACUGACAAAGGGAGAGCUGGGCUGCUUUCUUUCCCACUAUAACGUCUGGAAAGAGAUUGUAGAGAGGCGUCUGCAGACUUCUCUGGUGAUUGAAGAUGAUCUGCGCUUUGAGGUUUUCUUCAAACGUCGCUUGGUGAACUUAAUGAGUGAGAUUGAGGAAGAAGGCCUGGAUUGGGAUCUCAUCUAUAUUGGUCGGAAAAGAAUGCAAGUAGAUCAUCCGGAGAAAGCAGUGCCACACAUACACAACCUAGUGGAGGCAGACUAUUCCUACUGGACUCUUGGCUAYAUGAUGUCAUUACAAGGAGCUGAGAAGCUUUUAAAAGCAGAACCUUUAAAGAAGAUUUUGCCAGUGGAUGAGUUUCUUCCUAUCAUGUACAACAAACAUCCAAUCUCUGAUUAUAAGGAACAGUUUGAAAACAGGGACCUGAAGGCGUUUUCUGCAGAGCCUCUCCUUGUGUAUCCAACUCACUACACAGGCGACCCAGGCUACAUCAGUGACACUGAGACCUCCACUGUGUGGGACAAUGACAAGGUCCGAACAGACUGGGACAGGGCACGCUCGGGAAAAACCCGAGAGCAGGCAGAGAUCAGCAGUGAGGCUCAGAACUCAGAUGUGCUCCAGUCCGCUUUGGACACUGCAGCAGCACGGGACGAGCUUUGAGAAGAAAUGAGUGGGAGCCUAAAACGUAAAGGUUCAUGGGACAAACCUAAAGCUUUGUCUGUUGUUAGUAGUUUUUGAAAUAGCAUCACAGCAGGGAUGUGAAAUCAUAGUUUGAAGAAUGACUACAUUUGUCAAUUAUGACAUGUAUGUUAAAAAGGGAUCAGGGGCGUUUUGUGUUUAUGUUUUACUUUGAUGGGGCACUAGACUUGCCAUUUUAAAUGGCAUUUGCAGUACUCGGCUUGUGUCUGUCAUACAGAAGUUACCAAAUACAUUAACAAAAAAAUCAACUUAACUUUCA